AUGCCUAUGCAUGCUACCAGAAGAGCGAUUGAUUGCAUUGAUCCAUGGUCGUACAAUCGCCUAGCGGAAGGGAACACAGCUCUCGGUAUGUCAUCGACAGCUCCUGCAUCGAAUGAUGCAACGCAACAAAAUGCAUCUCCUUCAUCUAAUCAAUCCAUCUUUGACCAGAUCAAGAGUGAGAAAGAGAAGGAUGGCAGUCUAGUCAGUUUCAUCGGAUCUGUCAUCAGAAUCCUGUUCGGCACAUCUAUCGUGUCAUUACUUAUGGCAGUAUCCCUCGUCAUUCUCAUUGCAAUGAUCGCAAUAGGAGCCGUUUAUUUUGACAACUGCCCUGCACAAAACCUUAUCCCUAUCUAUUUGAUCAUCAUGGGGGCGGCUUCCAUAGUAAAGACCUUGAUCAAUCUGAAGGGGAGGGCUCAGCGCUCUAGACUACCAUCAGAAGAACAGGCCGACUUCAAACCCAACAAAGUGGAGAGAAUAAUCAGCCUUCUCAUCGGAGUAUUCAUCUUCGGAUUUUUCAUCGCCGGAAAUGUAUGGAUCUGUGGGAUCUUCAGGCCCAACACCACGGACAAUUCUGCUACUGACUACUGCCACCCGACGCUCUACUACUUCGCCUUCUGGUGGAACAAUGUCUGCUACAUCAUCGGGAUCGUCUGCUUUUUCUGCUGCUGCUGUUAUGGCUGCCUGGCCCGCCGUUACGCCACGACCAAGGGGGCCGCCGGUGCAAACUCUGAAAACAGAGACGUCCCCUAGAUAAAUCUUGAUGACAAGGACGACGAUGGCGAUGAUGAUGAUGAUGAUGAUGUGGAAUAUGUAAGAUGAUGCCGUUAUUGACGGUGAUGACGACGAUUAUUCCUGCACGUAAAUCUGUAUAUUUAAUUGCGGCACCGUUCUUAAACAAAAACAAAACAAAAAGUUAUGUUUAUUGGUGUAGUACCCAGAGACCCGCGUACUUCCUCCCCUCUCCCUGUUUGAAGGCCGACUCAGUCAGUACACCAUGUAGUGCGUCUCAUGUCGCAUGGUGCUACCCAGUUUAUCCCCAACCCUUACAUUUCUGGAUACGCCUAUAGUUUUCGAUAUUGCACCUACUAACUUGUAAAACUUUUCAAAAUGAGGCAUCCUCUGGUAUUAU